AUGAAGUUCAAUCCUUUUGUGACUUCGAACAACAGCAAGAACUGUAAAAGACAGUUCAGUGCACCUUCCCACAUUCACAGGAAGAUUGUAUUUUCCCCUCUUUCCAAAGAGCUGAGACAGAAAUACAAUGUUCGAUCUAUGCCCGUCCGAAAGGAUGAUGAGGUUCAGGUUGUGCGAGGACACUAUAAAGGUCAGCAGAUUGGCAAAGUAGUCCAGGUUUACAGGAAGAAAUAUGUCAUCUACACUGAACGGGUGCAACGGGAAAAGGCAAAUGGCACAACUGUCCAUGUGGGCAUUCACCGCAGCAAGGCGGUUAUCACCAGGCUAAAACCGGACAAAGACCGCAAAAAGAUCCUGGAAUGGAAAGCCAAAUCUCGCCAAGUAAGAAAGGAAAAGGGCAAAUAUAAGGAAGAAACAAUUGAGAAGAUGCAGGAAUAAAGUCCUCUUAUAUAACUUUAAUUAAAAUUGCUAA